ACAUAAGCUGUUUAAUUUCCCCUUUAUUUAACAGGUGUUAAAAAAGAUAAUUGAACUAAGGAACUAACUCGUGAGCUAGUGUUAUUAUUAAAAAUCAUGUAUUAUUUCUGCCAUUUCCCUUGCCUCCCCAUAGGGUAUUACGUACGUACGAAUACUAAAUAGUCUCAAGAAAAUUGCGAUUACUCCAAUCACGUUUGCCUCGAGGCCACAGGACCUAACGACAGUUGGUAAAAAUUAUUUGUAUAUGGAGCACGUCACUUCUCUCUGCCUUGCCGCCAUGUUAGAAUAACCCACAGAGCUACAGGUGAAACACACUUUUAACGCAUUCGAGACAACAGAGAAACAAGUCCUUCUGCUGCUUCAAGCGUGUACAACCCAGAGCCGUGCAGACGUACUCUAAUUGGAGUGAAGCUAACAGAGCAUAGACACCAAGCUCAAGAUCUUUUAAUCUUAGGUGAUUUCAAGAAUCUUUUUAACUUUAUCGACUCCUUAAAUACGUUUUAUAGAAAUACCGAAUUGUGCGCGGAACCUUUUAAGGUAUGAACUCUACGAAUUGUCUCUAUUUCUCGGUGCGACCGUUUGGAAUUACCGAUUUCGUACGUUGGUCAAGUUCCCUUGCCAUAAGUCUGAAUGCAAGUCUUACAAUAGCAACCAUCAUCAGCAAUGCAGCCGUCAUCCUCACGGUAGUGAGAUUUAGAGAGUUACGAACUUCGAGCCAUUUACUGAUCGCGUUUCUGGCUUUGACGGAUGUAUCUAUCGGUCUAUUUGUUCAACCUCUCUUCAUCGCGUUUGAGAUACUGACAUUGACUCGGACGACACCGGCUUGUGUCGUCAUAGUGUUGUACACUGUGUUAAGGGCACUCUUCGCCACUAUGUCUCAAGUGACAGUAUUAUUGAUAAGCAUGGAGAAAACUCUAGCGAUAUUCUGGCCAUUUCGGUACCGGCAAAUCGUGCGACAACGUCGCAUCUUCAUCACAAUGGCAAUCGUUUGGUGUGUUUGGAUACUAGUCGUGUCGGCGAGAUUUAUGGGAUUGGAGACUAAGACUUUUCGCAUCACUGUUGGCGUUGUUAUCAUAACUUGUCAUGCACUUACCGGACUCGCCUACGUCCGGAUUGAAAGACUAGCGGCGGGGCACAUGAAGAAGAUAAAACAACAGCUACAGAGUGUCUCGGAGAACAACGCGUCCUGGAAAGCCCAGGAUUCUAGGGCAGUUUGCGCCAUUUGCCGGUGUUUCGUCGAGUGGUAUAGGAGUGGAUGUCAAUCUAAAACUAGAUGAGCCACUAGCUGGCGGGGCACUUAACAGACCAAGCCGUGUCGUGUGGCGCUAUGACUACUGAGUGAGUGCUGUGCUAGCUUAUGCUGUUUUACGCAAAAUGAAUCCAACAUUCGAAAGGCCUGUUUUCAUUAGCGAAGAAAGCAUGGUGAAGGCAGCAGAGCCGCUGUAUCGCGCGCGUGUGACGCACACCAUGAAUGAGACGAUAUUAGCGGAGGAGGAGCGAAACGGUUCCGCUUUCACCCUUCUCCCUCUCAAGAUAUUCUAUUUAUUGUGGCAAGAUAUUGACAAGUACAUUAGAAGUGCUCUUUUUGGUACGCGAAAUUAAGAGAAACAGCCGCUGUACGCAAUGCAUCCAUCUUUAGAUCGGCUUCCUGCGUCCGCUUAGAAAAUCAUAGAAAGUUUAAUAUAAGUAUUUUUGGAUACGGAGAGUUGAUUGUACUCCUGACACGCACUCAAAGUUACAGAGGGGCAAAAGAAAAAAGAUAAUAAAACUGAAUAGAAUUUCUAA